CUUGAGUUGUCAUCAUUGGACGUGGUUGAGACAUUGUUUACAACGGCAGAAAAUCUGGCGUCCUCAUUUUGUUACACAUGCCUUAUAAAGGUGAAUGACAAUGGAGUCUGCUCCACCCCUGAACCUUUCUACUACCGUGAAGGUAGAAGACCUGCAGGCCAUGGUCCCAGAGGAGGCUCCCCAGGAAUAUACAGUGGAGGGGGAGGUGGUGAGUGAAGCAGGCACCGCUGUAGAUGAGGAGACCAACGCUCUGGGUACUGAUGAGGAUGAAGGUAAUGCUCAAGAGAUUCAGAAUGAUCCAGACCUUGAGGAGGAAGAUACAAAGGAGAAUCUCACUUCUGAUGUUACUGCAUUUGCAUCUAAUAGCCACCCAAAUGCUGAAGGAAAGGACUACAAGUGUUCUGAGUGCCAGGCUGAAUUUGUUCGAGCAAGCCAGCUGCGAGCACAUGAGAGGACACACUAUGAAGAACAGAUGUAUGAGUGUGACCAGUGCGAAGAGGUGUUUGUUAGGAUUGGCUUGCUAACCACCCACCAGAGACAGCAGCAUAAGCAUGGCUUUACUUGUAAUGACUGUGAUGCCAAGUUUUCUCACUACAACAGCUACAAGCUGCAUCAACGCAGACAUAAAGGAGACAAGCCACACAAAUGUAAAGACUGCAAUAUGGCUUUUGUGCAGCAGUGUCACCUAAGCAUUCAUCGUCGAAUUCAUACUGGGGAAAAACCCUACAAGUGUGAGCUUUGUCCUCAGAAGUUUAAACAGGCAUCUCACCUCACCACCCACAUGAGGGUUCAUACCAAUGACAAGCCUUUUGCUUGUAACCAUUGUGAUGCAUCAUUCUCACAGACCAGUAGCCUCAAGCGGCACAAGAGAAGACACACAGGGGAGAAGCCCUUCAAGUGUAAUGAGUGUGGUGCCCUCUUUGUGGAAAGAAGAAAUCUCUCACGCCAUCAGCUAACACACACUGGUGAAAAGCCAUACAAGUGUGAAAAGUGCCCUUCUUCCUUUACACAGAUGAUAGAUUUAAAACGUCACCAGAUGUCACAUUCAGGCUUGAAGCCAUUCAAAUGUGAUGUCUGUGAUGCAGCUUUCAGCAGAAAGAAUAAUCUUCGUUGGCACAAACUGACACAUGAAGGAGAUACUCCCUUCAAGUGUGAUAGAUGUAAUGUUGGCUUUAGUUUACUGAGGGACAUGAAGACUCACAUGAGAACUCACUCUGGUACAAAACCCUUUAGCUGUGAUCAGUGUGGGGCAACUUUUACCCAGUUUAGCACUUUAAAAAGACAUAGGCAGAGUCAUACAGGAGAGAGACAUUUUAUGUGUUCAAAAUGUGAGGGGGCAUUUAAAGAUAGGAGUGCCCUGAAGAGACAUAUGUUAAGACAUGAGUCUGUAAGACCAUACAGUUGCAACAAAUGUGACUCUACAUUCAUUGAAUAUCGCAAUCUAAAGAGGCACAGAGUAACUGUGCAUGGGGAGGAACGCUUUGAAGGAAAUGAUGUAAUAGAUGUCAGGGAAAAUGAGCCUAGCCAUACUCUUACUCCUCCAAAGAAAAGAUCAGGGAAGGUGGAAGAAGAUGAAAAUACUAGGAGUCCAAUUUAUGAUAACAGUUAUGCAGGAACUCCUCUUGUUCAGCAGCAGGAAUCUACUCAUCAACAGCAACAGCAUGUUGAUCAACCCAUUACCCUGGCACCAGUAACUACUUUACCUCAAAGUCAGCAGCAGCCGCACACUACCCAAACUGUUCAAACCAAUUCCCAACCUCCUCUAGUAAAUGAAAUUGUGACCAUUCCAGCCCAAGCUCCAGGGCAGCUUCCCACUUUGCUCCUUACACAACCAGGGCAACCUCCAAAGACUGCCCGCCCUGCCAACAAUUGUCAGAACUAUCAAUCACAUGUUUUAACAUUUAUAGAGGGUAGUUAUAAUCAUUGGCAGUCCUGGUGUUUCUGUGAAACACCAAACAUUCCAGAUAAUCAGCAAUCCAUCUUGGAUAAUGGGAACAGUGUAGGCACCCAGCCAGCAUCUGCAAUGAUACCUCCUGCAGCAGUACCACAACAUCAAGCUAUUACUUACACUGAACUGCAGCAGCCUCAGCCUCAGCCUCAGCCUCAACCACAGUCAGUUGGAGUGCAAGAAGUUAAUCAGACAGAGUAUCAUCAGCCUACACAGUUUAGUGGCAGUUAUUCGGAGCCAUUGCAUCAUUAUGAGGAUAGUCAUCAUGCUGACCAGCUUGACCCACUUUCACAUCAUCACCACCACUCUCACCACCACCAGUCACAGCAUCUUCAGCAACCUCAUACUUCCCAGGAGGAAGUCAAAAUUGCUAUUGAUUCUCCCAGAUUGUUCUCAGUUUCUGGCAUUCAGGAAAAUGAACAAGGGCCACAACAACACCAGCCACAGCCUCAACAGCAGCAUCACGAUCAACAUUCACAACACCACCAGCAACAGCAACAACAGCACCUUCAUCAAGAGCAGCAGCAGCAACAUCAACAUCAAAAUCAACAACAACAACAACAACAUCAACAGCAACAACUUCAACCUCAGGCAGAUCACCAGCAAGACCACCCUGACCAACAAGUGGACCCACAGGUUACUUUCCAGUAUAGUUUGACUGUCAAUAAUCCUGCAACAGGUGACAUUCAGAUUCAAAGUGAAGCAUUCCCAGCCAACCCUCCUGAUCCACCCACUGACCCCCCCAUCAAAAAGAGACGAUUGACAAAGGCUGUAGAAUCUCAAGAAGUCAAAAGUUAUAACUGUGAUUCAUGUCCAAAGACCUUUUCUAGAAUCAACCACCUGCUCAUCCAUAGGCGCACUCAUACAGGGGAGAAGCCAUUCCAGUGCGGCGUUUGCUACCAGUCCUUCACACACAAGAACAGCUUAACCAUUCAUAUGCGUGGACACACAGGAGAAAGACCGUAUGUCUGUGGAACUUGUGGGGCAUCCUUCACCCAGAAGAGCAACCUGAGGGUCCAUUCUCGAACUCAUACAGGUGAAAAGCCAUUUAAGUGUGAUGUUUGUUCUCUUGCUUUUACUCAAGGAAGUCAUUUGACAGCACACAAGAGAAUUCAUAACAAUGAUCGCCCAUUUGCUUGUGAAAGCUGUUUACAAACAUUUACACAGCGUAGUGCUCUGAAGCGGCACCGCAUGACUCAUACAGGCCACAAACCCCAUAAAUGUGAGGAUUGUAAUGCAAGAUUUUCACAGCGGGAUGAUCUGAGAAGACAUCAGCGUGUUCAUUCUAGUGAAAAACCUCUUGCCUCUACAUGCAGGAUGUGCACUCUUCUGUUUCCUGACAAAACUGCACUUACCAGACAUAUCCGUUCAGUGCACCAUGGUAAGCCUGACCAAUCUCCAGAUGGGAUGAAAAAGAAGAAAAAGAAAUCAAACAUAAAACAGAGCACCAGUCAAGAGAACACAAACCCAAAAAGUUCUAAAAUGAAAUCUAAGGUUGUAGUUGCUGAACCAACACGAACAAGUAAACGACUACGUGAAGCAGCAGAGAAGAAGAAAGAGAAGCCUGAAGAGUCUGAUUUUAUAAUGGGAGACUUUGUGGACAUUGAAGAAGAUAUAAAACCACCUCUUCGUCAGAAAUCUCCAAAGAAACCCGAGAAGUUAGGAGAGAUGAAAUCUGAAACUAAGAGUAAGAUGGAGUCAUGGUGCUUUUGUGAAGUGCCUCAUGGACCAGAUGAGCCUCACACUCAUUCAGCUGUAGACACCAAGCCUAGAAAUGAAGACCCAAAUGGCAUUCUACCAGGAAUUGGGGAAUCUACCCAACAAGGCACGAACAACUUGAUAGCCACUGCAGAUGUAACAGGAGCAACCUCUCUUUUGCAACUCUCAAUGGAACAUGUUACCCAUAAUUCUGGUACCUCAGGUGUUGUGGAGGGAAACUUGCAGAGCCAGUCAGUUGAUAAUAAUGUUCCUUUAAACACCACACCAUCUAUUGUGGGAACCUCACAGGUUGGUGACACGUCAGCUAUCACAGAAUCUUCCAACCAACAAGUUCAUGUGACCUCAGUUGGUCAAACAGAUCCUUCAGUCAGCCAGAGUCUGACAGGUGGGCAAGUGGUCACUGCUAUGGGUCAGCCAAGUGUGUCAAGUCAAACUAGUGGAAGGUUGGUUAGCCAGUCCAUGCUGACAACCAGCCAGGUGGUAUCUACUGGCCAGUUGGUUGGUGCUGGUCAACUGAUGACACAAGAAGGGACAAUAUUUAUAGAAGCAGGAGAGAUGCUAAGCAAUGGGACUGUUGUCAUAAAUCCUGCACAGGGAACCUUCAUCAGCUAUGACCAGAUCACUAUCAGCCCAGAUGGACAGGUACUUGGAGUUCCAGUCGGUAGUGCUGGGACGGAGACGUUAAUGAUCCAGUCAGCUCCUGUUUCUGUUGAUUCUACUGCAUCAUCAAGUGGAGGAAACUAUUCUUCAGGAACUGCAAUACAAGAACCCAACUCCACCCAGCCCGUCCAGUACACAGCUUUAGGAAGUGAUGUUAUUAGCCUCUUUUCUCAAGUAGAGGCAAACAAAGAAAGUACAAGCUCAGAUCUAUCAAGUGAGAAAACACUUCCUGUAGUAGCUAAACCUCUGGACUGUUCUGUUUGUGCUAAGUCCUUUGCUCAGAAGCGCACCUUAUGGAAUCACAUGUUGGAGGCUCAUCCAGAUCUUUUCUGCUGUUCAGAGUGUUGUGCUGCCUUUACUACAUCAGAAUACCUCACCCAACAUAAGGCACAACACCAGAAGGUUCAUGUUUGCACCAAGUGUGGCUUGGCAUUUACCAAUAAGUCUUCUCUCAACAGACAUCGCCAACAAACGCAUUCUGGUGUUUCAAUGACAACUGAAGAUAAAGUGUUUGGUUGUGAUCAUUGUGAUGCUAGAUUCCAUCAACAGAGUGAUCUUCGGCGUCACAUGCUUGGACACACUGGUGAGAAACCUUAUCGGUGUAAACACUGUGAAGCUGGCUUUACUCGCACUUCCAGUCUCAACAAGCACAUGAGGAUUCACACGGGAGAGAAGCCCUACGUGUGUGAGGAUUGUGACCAAGCCUUUUCUUACCGAUACCAAUUUAACAGACACAGAGCUUCACAUCAGCAAGAUGACCAGAGGGGUAAUUACUCUAUGCCAUAUGUUUAUGCAGAAUGAAGCAUUGUAUAAUGGUCAGUUACUUUUAAAUGUGUAAUUUGAAUUAUAAACAGAUUUCUUCAUAGCCAUCACUAGUUUUUUUUAAGAAAGUAACUGAAAAAAAAAGCAUCGCAAUUCAAAUAAUUUUCAUAAUUUAGUGAAUGUUACCAAUGUUAUUUUAAUUUAAUAUGUGUUCUUCAUGACACCACAUCAACAGUCAGUAGUCAUCCAACAUUUCUAUCAUUAUUAUUUUUUCCAUUGUAAAUAAUGGUUUUCAUACUCAAAAUGUAGGUCAUUGUGUUCUGGCUUCACAUGCUCAUAUCAUGAUCAAAUUGUUAGUUUAUUACUGUUUUAUAUAAAUUUUGUUAUAAUGUAUGUAUGUAGACAUUGCAUAGAAUCUAUUUUAGCUGUACUUGGGUUAAUUCCACAUAUUUUAUUCUAGCAAUCUUGACAUAUUUUGAGAUGUCAUUAUGGUGAGAUCAAAUUGUAUAGAUAUAUUUAUCAUGUAUAUUAAUUAAGUAAAAAAAGAAGCCUUUUUUGGAUGUCCUUAGUAUAAUAUAAACAUGAUACUAAAGAAUUAAAAACCAAUCUUCCCUAAAUUAAUUUUAUACAAAGUAAUUACUUUUAUGGAAUUGUCUUAUAGGGAAACAGCACACCAUUAUCAUUAUUUCUGACAAUCCCAGUCUGGAAUAUUGACACAUCUUUGUUUUAAUUAAAAGUUAAAGUUCUGUGUUUUAA